AUGCUUGUGGGUCUUAGACGGCCUUUCAAAAGAGCAAUCAACGGCAACUACGACGCAGCGGUCGACGAUGACUAUCUACGGAAAAUAAUCGAGAAAAAGAAAGAAGGAGUGCUAGUAAACAGAGGUAUGGUGAGUUCUACCGGCAACGCUCAUGAAAGCACCACUCCGAAAAACAAGAGCCGCGGGGGAUCAGGAACAAAUACCUCGGAACGUGAAAGAAGAGGCAGUUCUAUCAGGCGAGAUGAGCAAACCGACAAAUGUGAUUCCAAAGAACAACCAAAGCACGAUAGGGAAAAAGAUCCUUCUCGCCGUGAACGUGAUUCUCAAGAGUUUGCAAAACCACCAAAGCACGAUAGGGAACCGGAUCCUGCUGCCCAUCAGCGUGAGUGCCAAGAACAAUCAAACCAGGAUAUGGAACAGGAUCUUGCUCGUUGCCAACGCAAAGCACCAGACGACGAAAUUGAGAAACGAAUCAACGCGGCCGUUGGCGCUCAGAUCGGAGCGUUGGACAUCCCUCCGUUGCGGUCGGAGGUUCAGCGGAAACUUGCACGAAUGGACGACGAAAUCCAAUUUCUCGAUCAAAUGGUCCGAGUGCUAGGAAGACGAGUCGCCAAAUUGCGUGUGCACAAUAAAUCGAGGUUGCCUGUUAUGCCAAUGAUGCCACCGCCAGGGUCGGCAAUUUGA